GGUGUUAAUUAAGUAUCUCGUAGUUUAAGUCAGCACAUCGAAGGAAUUUAGAGCACAUAAAGAAAUCUUAUCAUCUUGCUCACAUGCGUUGAUAAAAUUUAUCAAGUUUCGUGUUCUAUAAAGCUUGUGGUGUGAUAAAGAACUCAAGGCACUAAUAAAUUUCUUGCUCACAUGUGUUAUUUAAUAGUGCAACUAAAGAUUGGGGUUAUUUGAACAAUUUUUGUGCUCUCUGAAUUGUUCUUUUGUUGUUCAUUGUAUGACAUGUUUAGGAUAAUUUACUUAAGGCCUAUUACAUGUUUUACUUUACAGUUUCUUCUGCGCUUAUGACACCUAUAGAAAUUCUGAGUGCAACCAAUUUUAAGGGCUGGAAGCAUGACGUAAUGAUAAACCUAGGAAUUAUGGAUCUCGAUUUAGCCUUAAGGGAGGAUCAGCCUGUGAUUACUCCAACCAGUACUAAUGCUCAGAAGGAGAAAGCUGAAAAAUGGGAGAGAUCUAACAGGGUGGCGUUGUUGUUCAUGAAAAAGUACAUGAAUGAGACUGUUCGAGGUAGCAUUGCAGAAACUAAUGAUGCCAAAGCGUAUCUGACAGCCAUAGGACAGAAGUUUCAGGAAUCCUCAAAGGCAGAAACAGGAAACCUGAUGAUGGCACUGUCUAAGGCGCAUUUUGAAGGAGAAGGAAGUGUUAGGGCGCAUAUUAUGAAGCUGAUUGACAUGAGCAAGAAACUUUCAGCCCUAGCAAUUCCUAUUCUUGAUCCUUUCCUUGUCCAUUUUGCUCUUGAAUCCCUUCCAGAUGCCUAUAGCCAACUGAAGGUCAGCUAUAAUACUCAGAAAGAGAAGUGGAACGUAGAUGAGCUUAUUGCCCACUCUGUGCAAGAAGAAGCUAGGCUGAAAAAGGAAAAGGAGAAAUCUGUCUUUUUGGUUACCCAGUCAGGGAUCAAUAAAGGGAAGGCUGUUGGAUCCUACAAACGCCCACCUCAUCAUGCCAAGAGUGCUUCUCCAAAGCAGAACUCCUCUUCAUCCAAAGGAUCUCAGAACCUUAAGCCAAAACAAACAACAGUUUUCAAAUGCUUCUUUUGCAAAAAUUCUGGUCACAUGAAGAAAAACUGUGCUAAGUAUAAGUCGUGGCUAGAAAAGAAGGGGCUUCGUAAACCGGAGAACUCCAAGUAGAGAUGAAGUCAAAGUUUUCGUAGGGAAUGGAGUCAAAGUUGCUGUUGAAGCCAUAGGAACUGUUCACCUUAAGUUAGAAUCUGGUUUUGUUUUGAUUUUAAAGGAUGUUUUGUUUAUUCCUUCGAUGAGAAGGAAUUUAAUUUCCCCUGUCAAACUUGUUAAGGAUGGUUUCAAUUUUACUGUUUCUGAAGAAAUAAAGUUUUUCCUUAAUUCAAAUUAUGUUGGUAGUGCUUAUCUUCAAGAUGACAUGUGGCGUCUGAGGUGUUCUUAUUCUGUUGAUUCUUAUCUCAUAGAGCAAUCUAUAGGUUCCAAAAGAGUCUUAAUUAAUGAAAAUUCCUCUUUUCUAUGGCAUAAACGUCUUGGACACAUAUCCAAAAGACGUCUUCAACAGCUUGUUAAGUCUGGAAUACUUCCAGCCUUAGAUUUUUCUGAUAUGGCAAUCUGUGUUGAUUGCAUAAAAGGCAAAAUGACAAACUCCAGGAAGUUAGG